UUCUACUCUGCGUCCUGGAUCCUGGCCUCUACCUCCGUCUCUGAGUCUUCUGCACACAGGUGCCAUCCAUGGAGCGGGUCAACGAGACAGUGGUGAGAGAGUUUGUCUUCCUGGGCUUCUCCUCCCUGGCCCGGCUGCAGCUGCUGCUCUUCGUCAUCUUCCUGCUCCUCUACCUGUUCACUCUGGGCACCAAUGCCAUCAUCAUCUCCACCAUUGUGCUCGACAGAGCCCUUCACACCCCCAUGUACUUCUUCCUUGCUGUCCUGUCCUGCUCUGAAACUUGCUACACCUUUGUCAUCGUGCCCAAGAUGCUGGUCGACCUGCUGGCCCAGAGGAAGACCAUUUCCUUCCUGGGCUGUGCCAUCCAGAUGUUUUCCUUUCUCUUCCUUGGCUGCUCUCACUCCUUCCUGCUGGCAGCUAUGGGCUAUGAUCGCUACGUGGCCAUCUGCAACCCACUGCAUUACACGGUACUCAUGGGACCUAAGGUGUGCCUGGGGCUAGUGGCCGCUGCCUGUGCUGGUGGCUUCGCUGUCUCCCUGGUCACCUCCUCGCUAGUGUUUCAUCUGCCCUUCCACUCCUCCAACCGUCUACAUCACUUCUUCUGUGACAUCUCCCCUGUCCUCAAACUGGCAUCACAUCACUCCCGCCUCAGUCAGUUGGUCAUAUUCAUGCUUGGUGUCUUUGUCCUGGUCAUUCCUCUGUUACUUAUCCUGGUCUCCUACACACGCAUCAUCUCUGCCAUUCUAAGAAUCCCUUCCUCUGUUGGAAGAUACAAGACCUUCUCCACCUGCGCCUCUCAUCUCAUUGUUGUAACCCUUCACUACGGUUGUGCCUCUUUUAUCUACUUACGGCCCAAGUCCAAUUACUCUUCAAGCCAAGACACCCUGAUAUCUGUAUCUUAUACCAUUCUCACCCCACUGUUCAAUCCAAUGAUUUACAGUUUGAGAAAUAAGGAAUUUAAAUCAGCCCUUCAAAGAGCAAUGGGCCAGACUUUGUAUCCUGUUAAUUAAAGAACCGACUUUUUAACUACAUAUGUCUAGUAUAUGCCAGGCAAA